AUGAAACCAAUUGACAUUGUUCCUGUGCCAUUUUACAUGAUAGGAGUAGAUCUUAUUGGUCCUUUGAAGUUAACACGUCAGGGAAACAAGUAUAUCCUUUCCAUUAUUGACUAUUAUACGAAGUAUGCAGAAGCAAUAGCUCUUCCUAAUCAAGAGGCGGAGACAGUAGUUCGGGCUUUGGAACAAGUGUUUGCCAGGCAUGGAAUGCCUUCAGUUUUGCUCACGGGCCAGAGCCGUAAUUUUGAAUCUCAUCUAGUAGCAAGUAUGUGUCAGUUGUUUGGGAUAGAAAAGAGGAGAACUACCGCUUAUCACCCACAGACAGAUGGACUAUGCGAGCAUUUCAAUGGAAUUCUAAAGACUCUCCUUCGAAUGUGGGUUAACAAUGAUAAGGACGAUUGGGAUGAGCAACUGCCUCAUGCUUUACUAGCGUAUCGAGUUAGCAAGCAGUCUUCUACCGGAGCAACACAAUUUGAAAUGUUGUAUGGAAGAGAUCCCAGAUUGCCUCUGGGAGUAGAACCUGAAGAACUAGAAACCAAACCGACUCAUGGCCCGCCAAGUACCUAG